UAAUCUGCGGAAUUAUUGUAUCUGGAUUUAUAUUGCAACUGACCUGCUUCGCUUGUUGCUUCGUUUUUUGAGUCGUCGAUUACAUAUUCAAUUUUUGCUAUACUGUUCGACACAAUUACGAUUGAAUUUGUCUUGCUUUCUGCCUCCGUUACGAAUUUGAUAAUUUUGAAAACACCGUCGAAAAUGUCCCCUGCAUUAACCAAAAUUGGAUUUUACGAAAUGAAAAUCGCACUGUUAUUCGGUUUAUGCUUCAUAAAACUCGACAAAAGCAAUGCAAGAGAAUCCUAUUCGAACAAUGUCACCCUAUCUUCCGACAUCGUUGAAAUCAUAAACACGAUUCGCGAUUCAGCUGCAAGAGAUGAAUUACACAAGAAACUUCUAACAUACGAGUAUAUUAUGUACGCGAUGAAGAAAAAAAACGAUGAAUUGAGGCGCAAACAGACCCACCAUGGUUUUAUAUGCGCAUUAAGAAAAAUAAAAGGGUACAUUGACAUUUGUUACGAUCAAUUCAAACAGCAUUACCUGCCUCCCGCAGCCAUUCCUUGGCCGGAAAAUUUUAUCGAAAAAAUAAUCAAUAUAUCAGACGUGGUCACAUUCGAAGUUAAAACUGGUAAACGAAUUGGAAAAAAGAAGCGAAAUUAUUACGCGUACGAUGUAGUUUUUAAUAGGACAGGCGACGACGACGUGAAAAUUGAAAAUUUCACUUACAAUUUCGAUAGAAAGAUGAACGAAUUAUAUUACAUGUGGAAUUACAUCGUCGCAUCUGGGGAUGAAUGGAGACCUCUCAAAAUCCAAUUUGCGAUUGAACUCAAAAAACAACUAGAUGAAUAUUACGAGAAUCAUCGAGCAGAAAAUGAUGAAAAUCCGUACUACGCCAACAAAGCUGAAUUCUACAAAUAUUUUGCUGCACUCGUGACUCGAGCUUACAAACUCGGAUGUCUUUAUUUUGACGAUUUGUGUUACUUGUUCGAAUUACGAGGUUCGUGGUUUUAUGACUAUCCGGAUGAAGAAAUACCAUUUCGCCAAGUACUACUGGAGCAUAUGCCAAAUUGGUUCUUUACAAUUGAACAUUUAGAGUUGAUAAAUCUAAUAUGGAGAGCCGGCGGUGCUAGAGACGAAAAAUUAUUCUUGAAGGUUAAAGUUGAGAUGAAGAAUAAAAAGGGACAAGACGUAAUCAUACCGUACAGCGAAGAAUGCCUAAUUGAUUAAAAGGUCCAAUGAUGCUUUGACGUCGGUAAUUUAAUUUCAUUGAUGCGUAAUGAUGAAUACAAAAUAUUAAAAUAGGCGUUUAAUAUUAUUUUCUAGGCUUUGUAACUUAUUAAUUUUUCAACACAUUUUUUACCCCGCCUUGGUUUUUUUAGCUGUAUAAACAAAUUUUCAUUUAUUUUGUUUAUUACACAAAUUAUAAAUUUUAUUCGUAUUCAACGGCUAAAAAAAAAACAAAGUAUGGGGGAAAAUGUUUUUAAAAAAUUGAUAAGAAAGUACAUAGGUAUACCUAAUUAUUUUAUUUUUGAAAAUUAUUAGAGAUUGACUUACUGGACCAAUAAAUAAAUACUUUUAUAA